AUGUCGUCCGAGUACCAAAUCUGGCACAACGCCACCAAGGUCUCCCCGCCAAAAAUGUCUCUGUCUCUCGACAAGCCUCGCGACCUGAAUCAUGAGCAGUAUUUCCAGCAGGAAUGUAGACUCUUUCAGCAAGCUGUGCGAAAAGAGGUUCGUUUACUUUAUGCUCCGGAAGGUAGCCGUGCAAAUAGCUAUCACACCGUUUGUGAUCUCAUUGUUGAGCUGGAGAUUAUUAGGCAACUUGCCGCUAGGAUGAACAAAAUGUCACCGAGGUGUAUAAGUGUCUUGAUUAGACCCAAGGGCUAUUUCAAUGGAGAAUUCCAAGAAUUCUGUCAAACCCAGAUUCUGCCUCCUCUGCGCCGGCUGCUGGUCAGUCUCCAACCGAGCAGUGAUAUGUCUUUCGAUAUCAGAGAUAACGUUGCUAUUCAGUUGGAUGCAAUCUACGAUGACAUGACCAUGGCCUUGAAUAGUCGGGAGUAG